UUUACUCCCAAAGCCUAUCUUCCAUUGGUCGCAAAGGAGAGGGAAGUUGUUGACCUUUUGAGAUCCAAAGAUCACCGCCGAGAAAACAUCACAAAGCUCAAAUCUUUUCUCCAUUUCCAAUCUGAAUGCGGAAACCCCAUUUCUCUGUGUAAGUUUUUCAUGCAUCUUCUUCUUCUUUUCUCAGAUCUGAAUUGCUUUGAUAUCUUUAUCUUGCUUUGUUCCUAUUACAAUGGAUAGCAACUAUUCAGCUAUCCCUAAGAAGUCGUACGUGGAAUUGCAAUCGCAGUAUGAUUCUGAAAACCCAGAAAAUCUUUCAAAAUCCCAUUCCAAAUUAUCGGAUUUUGAUGAGGAAAGCUUUCUAGAUUCCAAGAAUUUGAAUGGGAAUGAUGGCGGUGAUGAUUUCGAUGAUAAUCUUGAUUUCGAUAUUGGUAGUUAUCCUUUAAUUGUUGAGGGGUCUAAUAAUGGGUCUGGAAUCUCCGGGGCGGUGUUUAAUCUCACGACAUCGAUCAUUGGGGCUGGGAUUAUGGCUUUACCUGCUACCAUGAAGGUUCUUGGAUUGGUUUGGGGGUUUGUUUUGAUAAUUUUGAUGGGUAUUUUGUCAGAAAUUAGUGUUGAAUUGUUGGUGAGGUUUUCGGUUUUGUGUAAGGCAUCGUCUUAUGGGGAGGUUGUUCAAUGUGCACUGGGUAGGCCCUGGAGGAUUCUGUCGGAGAUCUGCAUAAUUAUCAAUAAUGCAGGGGUGUUGGUGGUGUAUUUGAUAAUUAUGGGUGAUGUUAUGUCUGGUUCACUCCAUCAUAUUGGGGUUUUCGAUCAAUGGUUAGGACAUGGGGUUUGGGAUCAUCGAAUGCUUCUGAUUUUUGCUGUGGUGGUGGUUUGUCUGGCACCACUUUGCGCCUUGGAGAAGAUUGACUCCUUGAGCUUGACUUCAGCUGCUUCGGUAGCUCUUGCAGUUGUGUUUGUUGUAGUUGCUUGCGCUAUCGCGUUUAUUAAGCUUGUUGAAGGGAAAAUUGAUUCUCCAAGGAUGUCACCGGAUUUUGGGUCGACCAAGGCAAUCUUGGAUUUGCUUGUGGUGAUUCCUAUCAUGACCAAUGCUUAUGUUUGUCACUUUAAUGUUCAACCUAUAUACAAUGAGCUUGAAGGCCGGUCUCCUCAAAAGAUGAAUCGGGUUGGAAGGAUCACAACUGUUCUUUGCAUUGUGAUCUAUUCUUUGACAGCCAUUGCAGGAUAUCUACUCUUUGGGAAAGAUACAGAGUCUGAUAUUCUGACCAACUUUGAUAAAGACCUUGGAAUCCGUUUCAGCUCAGCACUGAAUUAUAUUGUCAGGGUUGGGUACAUUUUCCAUUUGCUUCUUGUUUUCCCUGUUGUCCAUUUUUCCUUGAGGCAAACAGUGGACGCCUUGGUGUUUGAGGGAUCACCUCCUCUCAUGGAGAGUAGGAAGAGAUGUUUUGUAUUGACACUGGUUCUGCUGGGGCUUAUUUAUUUAGGAUCUACCGUGAUUCCCAACAUUUGGACAGCAUUUAAGUUUACAGGGGCAACAACUGCCGUGUCAUUGGGGUUUAUAUUUCCUUCCCUCAUUGCUUUAAAGUUAGGUCGGAAAGGGGAAGGCUUGAGCGUUGUAGAGAAGACCUUGUCAUGGUUCAUGUUGGUAAUGGCAGUAGCAGUCAGCAUUGUUGGAAUUAUUGGCAAUAUUUAUAGUCUCAGAAGCAAAUCUGAAUGAUCCUUGUUAUAAAGGUUUGAGUGUUGUUGCUUUGCACAGAUUUUCACAGGGAAGACUACCUGUAUACCUGCUGGUAUGCUGCCUGUCUGAUCCAAACAGUCAAAUGAAACCCGUGCAAGUGGAUCCUUGGCCAGGAAGUUAGAGGGUGGGAAGAGGCGUUCGGCAAGGCUGAAGGGGAUGCGCUCUUGUUCCGGUUAUAAUGUUCUUGUAUACUUCCGAGUUCUGAGGGAUUCUGGGAGGUUGAUUCAGAAUUCGUGGAAUGUUUGCUACCACUUGUAGGUUAUGUUAAGAUUAAUUCAAAUGUAUUCACACAAUUGUUUAUCCUUUUUGUUCCCUUCCUUCCCCUCCCCACAACAUUAAACACCAUUGUAACAGUAUGAGCAAUAUUUUCCUCCUUUUUUGGAUGAUACCAUGUGUAAACAACGAGCUUUUUUAAGGAAAUUUUCGAACAUCGUUUAUA